CACGACUGCUGCCCUUGAAUUACAUGCACCAGCGGUAGGAUGCAAGCUCCCUUUGCAGCCAAUGUACUGAAUGUUUCUGCACCAGCUCGACCUCACUACCGCCUUGCGCCCGUCCCUCCUGCCGGAGGAGACCCUUCUGUUUGUGCAAGACGCAGUGGGUCUGUAUGAGGGCAAAUUCAAGAUUCCCCAAUAUCAGAAUGGCCAGGCCUAUUUGACGUCGCAUCGAGUCUGCUAUGUCGAUAAUAACGAGCCGAGAAAGAACUCGGUAGCAAUCUACCUCAAGGAUGUUGAGCGACCAGAUUUCUAUGCUGGCUUUCUCAAGUCUUCAGCUAAGAUCACGCUCUUCCCAAAACCUUUGAAGCAAUUAAGUCACGGCACAUCGAUUGCCUCGAACCCCCCCGAGCGAGCAAGUCCGCAGCGUUCACUGGCUCCUUCACCGGCGCCGGCGCCGGCACCCUCACCCAGUGCAACUUGGGUGUGUCCUAUAUGCUCAUUUUCGAACCCAGUACCCUCCAACUUCGACCCUGCAACAGCAAAUGCUCGAACACCACUGCCGCCAUGUCUAGCAUGUGGCAUCACCCCCCCACUGGUACAUGUUGUGAAGGCAGCGAUAACGGCUAUGAGCAAUAGACAGCCCCAUGGCGGCCCCCCACCUGAUUACGCCACGGCAGCUACUGCAGGAAGCAGCGCUCAAGUUGGAACAACAGGACAAGGCAACAUUUCAUGCCCACGAUGCACGUUCCAAAACCAUGCUUCGCUCAACGUUUGUGAGAUAUGCGGGGCAUCCCUACACACCAUGACCGACAAAAGGCUCGAUAUGGCAAAAGGGAUCGAACGAUCAGAAUCCCCUGGUCCAUCAUUACCCCCCUCACCAGCUCAAGACCGAAUAUUUGAGUGCGUCAAACUGUCAUUUCGAGGUGGGGGAGAAAAGAUCUUCUUCGAGCGCCUUAAGAAUGCUCUCGUUCAGCGGAAGUGGCUUCUCCAGAGUGCUCCACCAAUUCCAAAGCCUCGUCCAUCAUCUGGUGCAUUUGAUGAUGGGUACUCUUCGACCGGAAAUCAGACGCCGGACGAUCCUGAUCGCAAAAGGGUGGUUGGUAUUGCAGGCCUUGAGCGCCGCGGGCUCGAACAGAGGAAGAAUAACGAGGCAGUGAUCGGGACUGCUUUCGAGGAUCUGGAGGCACUGAUGACGUCUGCCAAAGAGGUCAUCGCGUUAGCGGAGCAGUUCGCCUCUCAGACGAAUCUUGGUCCAAACGGUAGUUCUGAGGCAAACGUCAUCGCAUCGCAAUCAGCAUCUGCGCUCGGUCUGGUCACUACCAAAGACAUGCUCGGUUCUGGCUCGGAAUCCCUUUAUGUAUCCGAGCUCUCAAGAAAUCUGGCAGAAUAUCUUACAGACGAUACACGUGGGAUCCUGCGCAAAGAGGGAGGCAUCAUGACAUUAGUCGACCUCUGGGCCGUCUUCAACCGAUCAAGAGGGGGAGUAGAGCUCGUCAGUCCUGCAGAUUUCGAAAAGGCAGCACAAAUGUGGGAUAAACUAAAGUUGCCUAUUCGCCUUCGACGAUUUAAGAGCGGAUUGCUUGUUGUCCAGGGUCGCGACAGGACGGACGAGAAAACAGUUGCCAGCCUCCUCGCAUGGCUGCGGGAGCUACAUGCUCCAUCUUCUAGCUCCGAGUAUACGUGGGACGUGACAGUCUACGGAAGAGGUGUAACAGCGCAGGAAACAGCCGAGAGAUUCGGUUGGAGCGUUGGCGUAGCUAACGAGGAGCUGGAAAUGGCCGAGGAGAGUGGUGCCUUGUGUCGUGAACAAGGACUGGAUGGGUUGAGGUUCUGGGAGAACUGGAUCAUCAACGAUCCUGCACAGCCUUAAGAAAGUCAAUCACCGAAAGUAAAUAGAUUCAUGAGAAAUAUACACGAUAUCAAUAACACAACUAUCA